AUGCAAAGCCUCUGGUUUCGAUCCACAUCCUCGACAUGUACUUGUCGAUGCUUGUCGUGCUUAAGCACCAUCUCUAAUGCGGUCUCUAACCGAGCGGCCACGGCCGCCAGCCGUAGACGUCUCUUGGUUGGCAACGGGAUUGCCACGAUUUCCUCCUCAAUUUUUGCAACUGCGGUAGUGGUCGAUGCGGAACUGAAAACGAAACGACGCCUUGAACGGGAAAAGGAAAUCGCAGCAGUGAAGGCUGAAGUGGACAAAAUGAAAGAGGACGAACUUCGCAUACUGGAGUCGUUGGCACGUUCAAGGUGGAGGCCGGUCCGAGGUGUUACGCGACCAGCGAGACGACAAUAUAGUACGGCUGCGAACCCUAUGUCAGAGUAUGCGCGAUACCUGAGUCAGGCUUCCCAGUUACCUGAGGAACAAGACAAUGACUCGACUGUGGUAGAACCGCCUAGCGACCCAGCAGCGUCUUGCGAUCCCGAAACCGAGGAAUUCCGGGAUAUGGAACAGAACCCUUGCGUAAAGCAGUUCUCAGACUUACGGCCGGGGCAAAUAAGGGCUAUGCAGCUACUAGCCAUGAAGGUGCUUGGUAUACAGUUAUUGUUACGGCCUUCAAUCGCGCAUACCUAUGGAGUGAUGAGCAAGCUCUACACCUACGAUUCUCCCCUACACGACAUAAGCGUAGAUAAGCUGCUUUCAGAAUUACAAUAUCUUCGAAAGCGACUUACUUUGAUAAAGUACACCCCAGAUGGUCACUAUGCUGAUAUUUGUGACGAUAUCACUCUCGAGGAUCAUGAUUUGCUCCUUAAACAGAGGGAUGCCGCGACAUUCGAAUUACGGAAAAUGUUCAAUCUCUAUCAGCAUGGGGGCAUUUCUCUCGAUAAUCUCAUUGCCCGGGUAUCAGAGAUGCUUGUAUCUGCAAAGGAGCCGAUACCCCCUAGAGCAAUUGAAAUACUGAUCUCCCAGUUUAGUAGGGCACGGCUAAACGAUGUGGUGAAAAUGGUAAUGGAAACUCUCUUCCUAAAUGCAUACCCCUUGACGGUACCAGUCAUUAUCUCUUCACUGAAUUGGUUCAAUAAAACCAAGGAUUUGUCCGGAUUCGACCAGUUCUUGAACAAACUGCAGAAUCCCGAUCCGUUUAUUAAUCUGCAGUUGCGCUGGCACUCUGCCAAAUUCGGCGGAAUAGAAGUUGCCGUACCUCCGAAUUCGACACCGAACCCUUUCAUUUUAAACACCCUUAUUUCAUGUGCUUUAACUUUUGACCAGCCACAAAGGGCAGAUGCAUGGCUUGAUGUUCUACGAGCGACCGGAUUCAGUGAUACUGUCCCGACCCUGGGCGCUUAUCUCAGAUAUUAUUCGUUCCAGGCCAAUUGGAAAAAUGGCCGGCACGUUUUGAUGCGUGUUAUCUUCUAUCUUUUAUCCAGCAAGAACCACCCGGUUCACGAGAUUGAGCGAUUGAUAUUAUACAUGAUAAUAUUAUGCGAAUGCUGCAGUAAACCGGAAAUAGCCGAUUCUAUCAUCAGUGCAGCUGUGUCUUCGGGGAUCCGAUGGCAGCUAUCAGCUUCCGAAAGAGAUGCAAGGCCGGCGUUAUUGUGGGCGGCUCAAAAAUGGCGUGAUGCGAGCAUAUAUGCAGAGGAUGGCCUAAGCGAUCUCUCGCCUGGUGAAAAGUAUGUUCAAUUUGCGCGAAAUGUUGAACCCACGAUAAGGAGAGCCGUCGAAGAAUUCAUCCCAGAAGAUGACUUGACAAUCCAAAGAUUGAGGCUCGAGGAGAGUUUCAACAUGAAAUAUUACAAACUUAUAUCCGAUCACAAUGAUAAGCCUUCUCGCCGCGCCUGCUCUCAAGCUGGAAAUGAAUCAUCCUUAAGCGAGAUAGAAUCAACCAGAGCCGAGCUACAGAAAUUGCAGGGAAUGGUCAGGCUUCAAAACGCCGUCAUUGCAAAAUUAGAAGGUUUUGUCACCUCUCAACCCGAAAUUCGCGAUAAAGUAUUUGGACCACAGAACUGGAAACCCCGAGGAAAGACGAAAGAUUCACCGAGACGAAACCCAGGCGGUGUUCGCAGCAACCCGGCAGAUAAUAAAUACCGGCUGGUUUCUAUCUUUAAGCAGGGCAACUCAGAAUCCCCUACGGAAGAACCUGAAAAGCAACAACAUGAGAAUGCAACCUCGCAAAUCGGUGCAGUCGACGUCCACUAG